AUGAACCCCAAAAACAGUGAGGAAGGGAGGGGAAAGCGUUUGCGGUAUAAAAUUCAUCUCUUUUUGCAAUGCUGCAUACUUCUCGCAGCUCUCAUUAGUAUUAUUGGCGUUAUACGAACAAUUGACUUUCUUAAGGACGAUGAGGAUCCUCUUGCCCGUAUUACACAGGAGAUUAUAUACCAAGGACCAAAGCUGAAAAAACCCGAUGAUUGGAUUAUUGAAAAUAAUCUAACAGGAGACAAGGCUGCUGUUGCUCGAGAAGUAUUUAAGCUCAAAUGCUUCAAUAGUCAACAUAUGGAAGAUCUUAUUAUGCUUCAGAGGUUUCUGGGUAAUGUUACUAAUGGAUUCUUUAUAGAACUUGGUGCCUUUGAUGGUAUGUCAUUCUCCUCAACGUACUUUUUUGAACGGUUUAUGAAUUGGAGUGGACUUCUCAUUGAGGCAUCACCAGUAAGUAUUGCAGAGCAUCGACAGUAUUAUGCUUCAGCUCGACCAAGAAGUGAAUAUAUUGAAGGAGCCGUAUGUGCGGGACUAGAAUCAUUAACUUCAUUUGUACCGUCAACGUCAACAUCAAAGGCUAAUAACAUAAAAGGGGUAUCUAGUUCUGUUAAGGAUUCAAACCACACUCACUAUCUCACACAUGUGACAUAUGGAGGUUGUAAACCUUGUUCACAAAUACUGGAACUUCUUUCACCUGAGCAACAAGAGUAUCUUCGUCAAAAGUGUCGUAGGGCAAGAGAAACACAUGGUAGUUCCUCACUAUCCCGUAAGAUAAGUCAUCUUACCCAGGGCCGUUGUUUACUAACACGUAUCAAGUGUAUUCGUCUUGAUGAGGUUCUCCGUCGCCGUUGUGUACUGAAGGUAGAUCUCUUUAUCCUUGAUGUGGAGGGUGCGGAGUUGGAAGUACUGCGGACUGUGGAUUUACUGCAUGGCCCACCCAUUCAUUAUAUCAUUGUGGAGCUCAGCGGGAAAGUGGAAUGGCGUGAGCGGGAAGUGCGGCGUCUCUUGCGUGCGGCCGGUUUUCUUCCCCGAGGCCGUAUUGUGUUGAGUGAAUUGUGGGAAAAUGUGAACUUCAAUACAGCUCUGCGGUACUAUAUACAGAGACAGCGUGGUCAUCAUGGGGAUAAGGGGAAUAAUGCUUGUACAGCAGCUACUCGGCCUAGUAAUAGUAGUAAUAGUAAUAGUAAUAAUAAUAAUAAUAAUAAUAAUAAUAAUAAUAGUAAUAGUGGUGUAUUAUAUGGUCCACAUGUGAGUAUGGAUCAAUACAGAGAGUGGAUAAAACAGUGUUUUGUGGGGAAUUAUACACCGGCGAUGUUUUUUCGUGAAUCUACACAGCAGUGGAUACCGCCUUUUCACACUAUAGAUGAAGUGAAGUGA